AUGGCGCCAUCGAUGAUCGUUAAUAAUGUGAAGCAUAUUGAGCAGUGCUUUCCACAGGACAGUUGCGGUAGCGAAAAACAAGAAUGCGACCUGGCAGUCCGGUAUAAAAGCCUAGAAAACACGGUGGAAAGUUGCAGUUCUCGGUUGGCCGCCUUAAAUACCGUAAUGGGAGAAAUGAGAAUCAAGGUCGCCAUCGCCUUGACCAUCGCGCUGGCCCUGGGCCAUCGAUCACACGGCUCUGAGGUUGCUAUCCACGGCGAGCAGGUGUCGGUCGCUAGCUCGUACGUGCAGUUCCACGGGCCCGUCGAGGGACCGGAGUUCGAGGUGAAAGUGCCGCAGAACUACGACGAUGGUAACCAUCUGCACGGUCAGGAUCACGAGUACACGGUGGAUUACGUGGCGCAUCCGAAGUACGAGUUCUCGUACGGCGUCGAGGACCAUCACACCGGCGACUUCCACAACCAAAAGGAGACCAGAGACGGAAGCAGCGUGUCCGGCGAGUACAGCGUGAAGGAGCCAGGUGGCGGGAUCCGAGUCGUCAGAUACCGAGCGGACAAGGACGGAUUUCACGCGGUGGUGCACACUUCCGGCAAGAAUGACCACUCCACUGGUGUCUACGGUGGUCAAGGCCAGGCCCAGGUUCACGAUCACCUAGCGCCCACGCAACAGGGACAAGACGCUGGCGACUAUCAGACGUCAUACGCCGAGCUGGAGGGUUACUGA